GAUCUCACGGUUUUCUAUAAAAGUGCGAGUUCCCUUUUAAAAAGCGUCAGUCUUGUGAUUACACUCUCGAUUGCAUACAUCAUGGAGAUCAAUUUUCUUGGCUUCAGCUUUUCUCUGACAUGGUUCCUUGUCGGCGCCGUAUUCAUUAUCUACAUUUGCAACGAUCUAUGGAUUCGUUCAUACUGGACGAGACAUGGUUUAAAAUCUCCUCGAUCAGUUCCUAUCUUUGGUAACACACUUCAAUGGACUAAGGGCAUCCAGCAUUCAUUCCUUGAUUACUUCAAGGAACAAGGGACUAUCUUUGGUGUGUACGAUUUUCAUCGACCGGGGUUGUGUAUCACUGAUGUGGACUUGCUGAGAGACAUCAUGGUCAAAGACUUUGGUAGCUUCACCAAUCGUUGGGUGACUCCAUUGUUCAGCGAUGACCUUAAAGAUGCAUUAUUCAACUCCAAAGAUGAGCAUUGGAAAGGCGUCAGGAAUAUCGUCACACCUACCUUCAGCGCAGCCAAGAUGAAACUCAUGUCUCCGCUAAUAAAUAAGUGCGCCGACAGGCUUUUGAAGCACCUAGAGAAACGCCAGGAGCUUCAUGGGAACAUUGAGUGCAGAGAAUUGGUAGGAGCGUUUGUGAUGGACACUAUCGCAAGCUGUGCCUUUGGACUUAACAUCGACUGCCAAGAAAACCGUUUUGGUCCAUUCGUAACCAACGCUAAGAAGGCCUUUUCAGGCAACAUUUUUACCAGCCCAUAUCUAUUACUAGUCUCUCUUUUCCCUUGGACCUUACCCAUCCUCGAAUAUCUCGACUUCAAUAUCAUCGAUAGGAAAUCAACACAAUUCUUUGCCGAUAUCAUCAAGAAGACGAGUGCGGUUCGCCGAGAGUCAAAGAAUUCAGAUAGUGCAAAGAGGAUCGACUAUCUUCAGCUUCUUUUGGACGCCCAAGAAAGAGACAUAACCGGCGAUAACAAGAAUAAAGCAGAUGGUAUCCAUGGUGACCCAGAAGAUGAGGCCAUUGAUGAGGGUGGACUUCAGAAAAAGAGUUCUAAGAAAAUCAGGCUAAACGAAAGUGAGGUGAUCAGCCAGGCUUUGAUCUUUUUCUUGGCUGGUUAUGAGACAACAAACACCACUUGUGGAUUCUUGCUAUACUUCCUUGCAACAAAUCCCGACGUACAGGACAAACUUGUGGAUGAAAUCAACGAUGUAGCGCCCAAGGCAGAGGAUGUCGGAUACCAAUCACUCUCGAAAAUGCCUUACCUUGAACAAAUCUUUUGCGAGACAGAACGCAUAUAUCCACCAGCCAUAAUGAUUGAUCGCGUAUGUAAUGAGCCAUUCAACGUCAACGGAUUCACCGUUCCAAAAGGCAUGCGAAUCUUCAUUCCUAUCUACACCAUCCAUCGUAACCCCAAUUUGUGGCCUGACCCGGAAACAUUUGAUCCUGACAGAUUCCGCAAAGAAAACCGUGAAAAACAUCACCCAUGUGCUUGGAUGCCGUUUGGAACAGGGCCUCGUGCCUGCGUUGGGAUGAGGUUUGCAAUAAUGGAAGCCAAGAUGGUCAUCGUACGAAUUCUGCAGAAAUACCAGAUUGAAACCUGCCCUCAAACGGAGAUGCCACCAAAGCAAGCAACCAAUGGUUUCCUUUCUCCUCCCAACGGCAUUACUCUUCGAGCAGUCAAGCGCAACUAAAAAGAGGGAGGUAAAAAGAGUUGUACGGUGUAACAUAGAAUGAAAAACAAGCGAGAAAGGUAGAGAUAAAGCUUACAUUAAAAAGAAAGAAAAAACUACUCUAUAUACCAUCCUAACAUCAUGAAUAAAAGUAAUGUGACGCAGCUCUCCUAGUUUUAACAUGCUAAAUGAAGAUUUUAAUAGAAUACAUCAAAUGAUUUUAAAUACGACGAUAUUGAUAUAUCAUAAAUGUUCAUAUUCAUGGCAUUGAUCGUGUAGAGAAUCACAUUUAUGAUUGUAAUUAAUAUUUCACAUGAAAUGUAUAAAUAUGAUUUUUUUUUACUUGUAGAUGUAAAGUAAAUUUUGGCCAGAGUAUUAUGUUUGCAUUCCUGGUUGCACCUUAAAACAUUCAACAGCAUGAACAUAUUCCCAAUAUAUAGAAUGUAGCAUUAUCAUUUAUGUUUUGUCAUUUGGGCGUGUCUGCGUGUCUGCGUGAGUGGGUGCGUGUGCAUGCGUAUGUGUGCGUUCAAAGUAUAUGGCAGGCUUUAGUACAACUUUUUGAGUUAGAUGAAAUUAAAGAUUUAGAAUGGCGAGAUAUAUUUGUUGGGUUGGCAGGUAGUUCAUAUAGAAUAAAAAUGUGUAAUACUAUAAUUUUCAUGGUGUAUGUUACAGUAUGUUACAUAAAUGUCAAGA